AUGGUCCUGAACAGAGCUCUGAUUCUGGGGGCCCUCACCCUGACCACCAUGAUGAGCCCCUGUGGAGGUGAAGACAUUGAGGCUGACCACGUUGCCUCCUAUGGCACAACUGUCUACCAGUCUUAUGGUCCCUCUGGCCAGUACACCCAUGAAUUUGAUGGAGAUGAGCUGUUUUAUGUGGACCUGGAGAAGAAGGAGACUGUCUGGCGGCUGCCUGUGUUUAGCAAAUUCACAAGUUUUGACCCACAGGGUGCCCUGAGAAACAUAGCUGUGGGGAAGCAUAACUUGGAUAUCUUGACUAAACGCUCCAACUUUACCCGUGUUCCCAAUGAGGUUCCUGAGGUGACUGUGUUUUCUAAGUUCCCUGUGUUGCUGCAUCAACCCAACACCCUCCUCUGUCUUGUGGACAACAUCUAUCCUCCUGUGAUCAAUAUCACAUGGUUGAGGAACGGACACUCAGUCACAGAGGGUGUUUCUGAGAUCAGCUUCCUCCCGAAGAAUGAUUUUUCCUUCCUCAAGAUCAGUUAUCUCACCUUCCUCCCUUCUGAUGACGAUGUUUAUGACUGCAGAGUGGAGCACUGGGGCCUGGAUAAGCCACUGCUGAAACACUGGGAGCCUGAGAUUCCAACCCCUAUGUCAGAGCUGACAGAGACUGUGGUCUGUGCCCUGGGGUUGACUGUGGGCCUCAUAGGCAUCGUGGUGGGCACUGUCUUCAUCAUCCAAGGCCUGCGCUCAGGUGGUCCCUCCAGACACCAAGGGCCCUUGUGA